GAGAGAGAGAGAGAGAGAGAGAGAGAGAGAGAGAGAGAGAGAGAGAGAGAGAGAGAGAGAGAGAGGAGAAGAAGGAGGGUGGGAGCCUUAUCUUAAGAUAAUUUUUUUUUCAGAACGAAAAGACCUAAGGAAAUGGAGGAACAGUACGGGAUAACGGAUCUGACUCACUACAUGAACGGAAGAGUCUUCACCGCCGUCCCUCAGCCACCAUCUCAGCCUCAGCAGCCUCCUCAUGAUCUUCACUAUGAUAUGGUGAUGAUGGGUGGUGGAGGAGGUGGUGGUGGGAUGAUGUUUCGAUCAGAUUCCACCACCGGUACAGGCUCAACCACUGCUAGUCUUAGCGCUGGUGGUGGUGGUUUAGAGAUGGAAAUUGGCGGCGGUUUAGAGAUGGAAAUUGGUGGUGGUAGUGGUGGUGGAAAUGGUAGGUGGCCAAGGCAAGAAACUCUCACACUUCUGGAAGUCAGAUCAAGGCUUGAUUCUAAGUUCAAAGAAGCUAAUCAGAAAGGUCCUUUGUGGGAUGAAGUUUCAAGGAUAAUGUGUGACGAACAUGGGUAUCAACGAAGUGGGAAAAAAUGCAGAGAGAAGUUUGAGAACUUGUACAAGUAUUACAAGAAGACUAAAGAAGGAAAAGCUGGAAGACAAGAUGGGAAACAUUACAGCAAUCCAAACACAGCCAUGCCUUCGUUCAAGGAAAACAAGGAUUAUGGAGAUAGGGCAACUAACAAGAAAAGGCUUGGAAAAAGGAGUUGGAAGACGAAGAUCAAGGACUUCAUUGAUUCCCAAAUGAGGAAAAUCAUGGAGAAGCAAGAGGAAUGGAUGGAGAAGAUGAUGAAGUCCAUUGAACAGAAGGAAGAAGAAAGGGUUUUACGAGAGGAACAAUGGAGGAAAGAAGAAGCUGCUAGGUUCGAAAAAGAGCACAAGUUCUGGGCCAACGAACGAGCAUGGAUGGAGUCCCGAGAUCAUGCUUUAAUGGAGGCGUUACACAAGUUAACCGAUAAAGAAUCAUGUCAUAAGUCUUCUCCCGAUGAACAAAACCUACAAGAUCAUCACCAUGGGAGUUGGGAUGAAAAUGAGAUCACAAGGUUAAUACAGCUACGAACAAGUAUGGAAAGUAGGUUCGAACAAGGUGCGUAUAUCCAAGAGCUUCUUUGGGAGGAAAUCGCAACAAAAAUGGCUUGUUUGGGUUACAGCAGGAAUGGCGUAACAUGCAAGACGAAGUGGGAAAGCAUAAAUGACUUCUUGAUGAGAACGAAAAAGAGAAAAGAGAAUACAAGAAGUUCCAACUCGUAUACUCACCAUAAUACCGAAUCUCUUUCUCACAACAUUCAUCAUCAGAUCGGAAGCUAUCGUCAAAACAAUGAACGAUUGGUUGCAUCCAACGAUCAACCGAAUGAUGGUAAUUACAGGUUUGUGAUGGGUGAUCCUGAGAAUAUGUGGGAUGGAUAUGGGAUGAAGGUCAACAAGGGUGAAGAUCAUUAG